AUGCACGAGAAAAAUCACCUGUGGGAGCACCUGUGGGAGCACCUGUGGGAGCACCUGUGGAAAUACCUGUGGAAGCACCUGUGGGAGUACCUCUGGAAGCCCCUGUGGGAGUUCCUCUGGAAGCCCCUGUGGGAGCACCUGUGGAAGCACCUGUGGAAGCACCUGUGGGAGCACCUGUGGAAGCACCUGUGGAAGCACCUGUGGGAGCACCUGUGGGAGCACCACCCGCACCUGAGGCCAACUGGUCGUAAAUCAAGUGCUCCGUGA